CACUGGUGUGUCUGGAUAUGCGGGGAAAUGUGGACUCGCACUCAAUGAAGAUUACGACACACUUUAUUAUAAACAUUCUGAAGAAACGAGCAUCUCUGAUGAUUCUAGUUUUGAGUGUUUAAGUAUCCACUGGAAAACCCUGCUACUGUAGAGGUGCCGGUGUGCAGAAGAUUCACAGCUCUUAAGAACAGGUCACCGUCACUAAUUUCCCAAUGGCUGAAAACAACUUUCCUCGUCUGCCUGGCUUUAUUCCUCUGAAGCCGUGCUUCCACCAGGACUUUGAGGAGAUUCCUGACCAGCACCGCACCAUGUGCAAGAGACUCUACCAUCUGUGGAUCUUGUACGGAGUGACGCUGCUUGUGAACUUCUUGGGCUGUAUGGCGUGGAUGUUUGGAGGUGGAGGAGUGACUAACUUCGGCAUGUCUAUCCUCUGGGUUAUUCUCUUCACCCCCUGCUCUUACGUCUGCUGGUUCAGACCCAUUUACAAUGCCUUCAAGACCGACAGUUCGUUCUACUUCAUGGCAUUCUUCUUUGUGUUCAUGGCACAACUUUUUAUUGCUAUAAUUCAGGCCAUUGGUAUACCAGGAUGGGGUGUUUGCGGCUGGUUGGGCACCAUCUCCUUCUUUGGCACGAGUGUCUUUGCCUCCAUCAUCAUGUUGAUCCCCACGCUCAUGUUCACCGCAGUCGCUGUCGUCUCAUUCGUUGUACUUACAAAGGUUCAUAACUUCUAUCGUGGCAGUGGUGGCAGCAUGAGUAAAGCGCAGGAGGAGUGGGUCUCUGGCUCCUGGAAGAACCCUCAGGGAACGACGGCACAGCUUUCCACACCCGACUACGACAACACCGUGUGAAACACAGCCAACGCCUCGGUCAUCAACACCCGCUGACCGCCAGGUGAAGUGGAGGAAACUCCAGGUGGAACCAACCGAGCGAUGCUUGGGUUCUUUGGCUUUUUAAUUGAAAUCUCUGUGUUUUUAUUCAAGCUUUUGUAUCUAUUUCAGCCUGUUUGCUCCCCACAUGUUAUAAGAACUUUGAACGUUCCCAUUAAGUUAUGAACACAUUAUUCUCUGAACAGUCAAACAUUCCUUUUUUUAUCAUUUUUUCAAAAUAGUAUGUGAACGUUACAUUUGAAUGGUGUCUGAACAUUCUCAAACACAUAGCAACAUUUAACAAACGUUUUAGAAAUAAAACAUUCCAGUGAAUAAUGCGUGAAUAACAUUUCUGUGCAAAUGUUUUGAGAACACUAUUAAAGUGCAGAUAGCAUUGAAUGAAUAUUGUAUUAAUGUUACUGGAAGAACGUUUGUUCAAAACUUGAAAAGAACAUUAGCCAGCGUUCUGAGAUUGUUCUCUGUUUGCUGGGUUGCUGUUAUGUGACCGUAUUCAAUUUAAAAGUUUAAGUAUAUUAAAAUUAGUAUGAUCGUGAAAAAGCUGGAAAUAUCUGGGAUUUAUAUAUAAAUAGAUAAUAAGACAUUUCGUGAAGAACACAGAGCCACUGAAGAAGCAGUUCUGUUUGCUAUUUUUCUUUCUUUCAUAUACCUGUGUGAAAAGGGAAUUGAAUACGACUUGCCUUUGACAUUUAGACAUGUUUUCCACAUGUUACUGAUUCAUGACUUGAA